UAACUACCACCUUCGGCAUCGGCUAAUUCUGAAAAUGAAGGCUCGGGUACAUAUGUAUGUACACGACUACUUCCAGAAUGUCAUACCGUUGCGCCAAACAAAAACAUUGAGGGUGGAGAUUAUGGUGGAAACCUUACAGGGUUCUCAACUACAGGUAUCCGUAACAAGUCACCGUUAUGUUACCUGCACUUCUGACAACACCUGGUCUCAUCACCAAACAUAUCAUCAUUUUCUGUGUUUGAAGAGGUCUCAAAACAUAUA